AGGACCCCUCAAAUUCAAUGUCCAAGUUGAUCCUGCUAGUUUAUAUAUAUAGACCUUCUCCCAUGCCUCCUACAAAUCAUCACUUGUUCAUUUCAAAGUCAAUAUGGAUCAUUGGUUCCUCAUCCUCACUUCUAUCUCCCUCUCCAUCUCCAUCGCUGGCCUCCUCAAAUUCAUUCUCAACAGAUACUUCAUCAGCAAGAAGCCCGCUCACCACAAACUCCCUCCAAGCCCAAGCCCCCAAUCGAUUCCAGUGAUUAGCAACUUCCUAUGGCUCGGCCGCAUAUCUCCCUCUAAUAUCCACUCCAUCCUCAACCCACUACAUGCCAAGUUUGGCCCAAUCCUGACUAUCUACUUCGGCUUUCGCCCCGUCAUCUUUAUAGCUGACCGCUUCCUCGCUCACAAGGCCUUGAUCCAAAAGGGUGCCAUCUUUGCAAGCCGUCCACCAGCUUCUGAGACUCAAAGAUUUCGAGGCAGCAAUCGGCGACUUGUUAGUCUUUCUUUCUAUGGCCCGUCUUGGCGUCUCCUGCGGCAAAACCUUACCAAAAACGUUCUCCAUCCUUCCUGCGCGAAAUAUUCCGCUCAUUCCCGCCGUUGGGCGCUACAAAUCCUUAAGAAACGCCUGGAAUCCCAAGGAAAAUCUGGUCAGCCUGUUUGUUUGAGGGAGCACUUUCUAUAUGCCAUCUUUUGCCUGCUUGUCGUAAUAUGUUUUGGUGACAAGGUUGAUGAAGACCAGAUUAAACAAAUCCAGGAAGUAGUGCAUCGAGCGUUUUUGGGUUCUCGGAGGUUCGAUACACUCAAUAUAUGGCCAAGAGUGACCAAGAUCGUGUUGCGUAGACGCUGGGAGGAAUUGUUUCAGCUACGUCAAAGCGUACAAGAUGUAACAAUUCCCUUAAUAAGAUCUAGAAAGAAGUUGCAAGAGGAAGAGAGGACAGGCAUGGACACUCACCAUGAUCAUGCUGUACCUUACGUGGAUACAUUAUUAGCUCUGGAAUUUCCCGAUGACAAAAGAAAACUCAACGAGGAGGAAAUUUCUGAUUUAUGCAGCGAAUUUCUAAAUGCGGGAACUGAUACUACUACAACUGCCUUGGAAUGGAUCAUGGCAAAUCUGGUUAAAUACCCAAAAAUUCAAGAAAAGUUAUUCAUGGAGAUAAAAGGGGUUGUUGGAGAUGGAGAUGUGAAGGAGGUAAACGAAUCUGAUUUGAAAAAGAUGUCGUAUUUGAAAGCAGUGAUUUUAGAAGGCCUGAGGCGGCAUUCUCCUGCACGUUUUCUGAUUCCACAUGCGGUGACGGAAGAUUUUGUCUUGAAUAAUGAAUAUUUGAUACCAAAGAAUGCAGCCAUAAAUUUCCUGGUUGCCGAGAUGGGGUGGGAUCCAAAGGUGUGGGAAGAUCCCAUGGCAUUCAAGCCGGAAAGGUUUCUGAAUCAUGAGAACGGAAUUACGAAAGAAUUUGAUAUUACAGGGAGCCGGGAGAUUAAAAUGAUGCCAUUUGGUGCGGGAAGGAGAAUGUGUCCCGGUUACCAAUUAUCCAUUCUUCUUCUGGAAUUUUAUGUGGCUAAUUUAGUUUGGAAAUAUGAGUGGAAGGCUGUUGACGGAAAUGAUGUUGAUUUGUCCGAGAAGAUAGAGCAUAUAAUGGCGAUGAGAAAUCCAUUGCAGGUCCACUUAUCCCCAAGGUAGACAAGCACUAGCUAUGCCCUGCAUUUCAACUGGCCUCUGUACGGUUUUCUAUGGAGUGAUAUGUUAAAUAUAAUGAAAGACGUAUGA